GCUGGUCGUGGCAGCACGACAGACCGGCACGUAGGUUGUCUUUGCUUUAUAUAUAGGAAACGCAUUUGUAAUUCAUUUUUCAGACGGAUUGUCGGGAAUUUUGUGUAAGCUAUCUUUUACCGAACUUGUACCCUCUUACCCAUUAGUAAUUUUUUUGUAGCAACGAAAACUUUUAACGUUACCCGUGCCUCACUCACCUUUUGUUGUUCACACGUAGCGUCUCAGUUGCUCAUUUACCUGAACAAAUGAAACGGGUGGAGCAGGUGCACUAAGUUCCUGAAGAGUGACUUAUUCAGGGCGCACUAUUAGCAUUUUCCUCAUUCAGGAGAUCAGCAUGUCACUGUGGAUUAAACGGGUUUGCCUUGUUCUUGCGGUAGUGUUCAUGUUGUCCAGUACAACAGAGUCAAAGAAGGAUGAAGCAUUGUACUGUUCAGCCUGCAUUGCUAUUGCAGAGGAGAUGAACUAUUCAGUCAGUCAAACUGAUCCAAAAAAGACAAUUCAUGUUGGUGGAUUCAGACUUAAACCUGAUGGAAGUCUUGUGGACAAAAAGGUUCCUCUGGCUAGGUCCGAGACUUACUUAAAUGAACUUCUGGAAGAAGUUUGCAAUAGCAUGAGCGAUUAUGCUCUCUAUGAGGACCCGGACACCAAAGAAAAGAGCUACAAGAGAUUUGCACCAAGAGGAAAUGAUGGCGUGAAUUUUCCCGAUUUCAAAAAUUUUAAGUUUGAUGGACCAGAGAGUUCCAGUGCCUUGAAGUUUGCUUGUGAAAGCAUCGUGGAAGAGUUGGAAGAUGAUAUCAUCUCCCUCUUCUCAAGUGAGGCAGACCGUGUGGCUAAGACGCUGUGCAGUGAAGUAUCAGGUCAUUGUAAGAGCUCCGUUUUCCAGCACAGUGAACUUUAGUUCCAGAUUAGCGUCUGCUGAAGAACACUUAAAUACCGGACCAAAAAUUAAGACAUUUAAAUAUUUUCCUAAAGUAUGUUAUUGUAUAGAAUUUUUUCAAAAUGUGAUGAUACACUUUAUGAACGUCAAAUAAUUUUUAUUGAUUAGUGGGCACACUC